UGGUAACAUUAAAAAAUGCACAGUGACUUGUCAAAUUUAUCAAACUCAUCCAUUGCUUUUGUGAGAUAAUUUUUGCAGUAUUUCAGUUUAAAAGUAGUAGGAAACAAACCAAAACAGUUUAAAAUGACUGUAAAGAAUAAAACCGAAGAACCCAAAAAGGAGAAAGUCGAGCCGGUACCAGCUCCGAACGAUGAUUUGUCUGAAGAAGACAAAAGACUUCAAGAAGAACUUAAUAUGCUCGUUGAGAAGCUUAUGGGUAACGAUACUGAACUAUAUUUCCCUGCAUUACAAAUGCUAAGCAAUUUGAUAAGAACAUCUACGACGUCUAUGACUUCAGUUCCUAAACCGCUAAAAUUUCUUAGAGAGCACUAUCCAGCCCUUAAAGAAGUUUAUGAAAAAAUAAAAGACGAAAAAACAAAGAAAUUUUGCGCUGAUGUUGUAUCAGUUCUCGCAAUGGGAGUUAGUGGUUCAGUAGAUGCUGCAGAAAAAAGAGAAUGUCUCAAAUACUGUCUUUUGGGCACUAUGUCUAAUGUUGGAGAAUGGGGACAUGAAUAUGUGAGGCAAUUAGAGGGGGAAAUUGCUGAAGAAUGGAAUAUAGAGAACAUGGAAACCUUGUUAACAUUAGUGAGGGAUGUUAUUACCUUUGACAUGCAACACUCGGCUGAGAUACAAGCAUGUGAUCUGUUGAUGGAAAUUGACAGGCUUGAUUUACUGACACAGCAUAUGGAUCAGAGCAACUACCCCCGUGUCUGUCUAUACUUAAUUGGAUGUGCAAGUUAUGUUGUGGAACCAGAAUCAACACAAAUUCUUCAAGGAGUAUUGGACACAUAUUUGCGUUUUGGAGAGUACCCUCGUGCCUUGCUUGUAGCAAUGCAGCUGCACGAUAAAUCUAAAUGUGAAGAAGUCUUUAAUGCCUGCACUGAUCCGUUGGUAAAGAAACAAUUGUGUUACAUGCUGGCAAGACAAUAUGUCCCAAUAGAUGUGGAUGAUGAAGAUUUGCGUACAAUACUCCUCAAUGCACAUAUUAAUGACCAUUAUCUUAGCUUAGCAAGAGAGCUUGAUAUAAUGGAACCAAAAACUCCAGAAGAAGUGUACAAGACAUGGUUGGAGUCGGCUGGCUCAGCUCUGAGGCCUUCCCUGCUGGCUGAGCACCCUGUAGACUCGGCCAGACAAAAUCUCUCUGCUACAUUUGUCAAUGCAUUUGUAAAUGCGGGCUUUGGUCGUGAUAAACUUGUUACCACUGAAGAUGGCAACAAGUGGAUGUAUAAGAAUAAGGAUCAUGGCAUGUUGUCAGCGGCCGCGUCGUUAGGCAUGAUUCACUUAUGGGAUGUGGACGGUGGUCUGACGCCCAUAGACAAGUAUCUAUACACGGCAGAUGAACAUAUCAAGGCUGGAGCAUUGCUUGCACUGGGUCUAGUGAAUUGUGGUGUGCGUAAUGAAUGUGACCCUGCACUAGCUCUUCUGUCCGACUAUGUACUGCAUUCAAGCUCUAAUCUAAGGAUUGGUAGCGUUUUGGGACUGGGUAUAGCUUACGCGGGCACGCAGCGUGACGACGUUCUGCAGCACCUGCUGCCUGUGUUGAGCGACGCGGCCGCGCCCGCGGAGAUCUGCGCCCUCGCCGCCAUCGCUUGCGGCCUCAUCGCUGUCGGCUCUUGUAACGGCGAUGUCACUUGUGCAAUCAUUCAACGUUUAAUCGACGACAACAAGGAACUUCACUCCUCAACUUAUGCCAGAUUUUUGCACUUGGGUCUUGGAUUGUGUUUCUUAGGGUGCAAGGAGCGCACGGAGGCGACGAUGGCCGCGCUGGAGGUGCUGCCGGAGCCGCAGCAGUCGUUGUGCCAGACGACGCUGUCGAUGUGCGCGUACGCCGGCACCGGGGACGUGCUCGUCGUGCAACAGAUGCUGCACAUCUGCUCUAAGCACUAUGACACUGAGAAUGAGCAAUCGUCCGCUGAAGACACUGCCUUCAAGAAGCAAGACAAGAAAGAGGCUAAAGAGAGCAGCCCCGCUGGCAGCUCGAAGGAUGAUAAAAACAAAAGUAAGUCGAAGGAGAGCAAGAACAAAGAGAAGGAGAAGGAGAAAGAGGCGAACAAGGAGCUGUCGUCGGUGCAGGCGGUCGCCACGCUCGGCGUCGCCGUCAUCGCGCUCGCAGAGGAGACCGGCGCAGAGAUGUGCACACGCAUCUUCGGACAACUGGGACGUUACGGCGAGCCGGCGGUGCGGCGCGCGGUGCCGCUGGCGAUAGCGCUGUGCUCGGUGUCCAACCCGCAGCUGGCUGUCAUCGACGUACUCAACAAGUACUCCCACGACUCGGACAAUGAUGUCGCUUACAACGCUAUAUUCGCUAUGGGACUUGUCGGCGCCGGCACUAAUAAUGCCAGGCUAGCGACGAUGCUGCGCGCGCUGGCACUGUACCACGGCAAGUCCCCGGUGCACCUGUUCAUGGUGCGCCUGGCGCAGGGGCUGUGCCACGCGGGCAAGGGCACCGUCACGUUGUGCCCCGCGCACGCAGACCGCCGCCUGCUUAGCCAGCCCGCGCUCGCCGGACUGCUCGUCGUGCUCACAGCAUUCCUUGACUGCAAGAAUAUAAUCUUGGGCAAAUCGCACUACUUACUGUAUGUGCUGGCGACGGCAAUGCAGCCCCGCUGGCUGGUCACCCUCGACGAGAACCUCCAGCCCCUCAAUGUCAGUGUUCGUGUUGGACAGGCGGUUGAUGUAAUUGGCAAAGCGGGUACACCUAAAACAAUCGCGGGUUCGCACACACACACUACACCUGUGCUGCUAUCGUUUGGAGAACGUGCAGAGCUUGCUACUGAUGAGUACCUUCCCCUGUCACCUGUCAUGGAGGGCUUUGUCAUCCUCAAGAAGAAUGAAGACAGCAUUAUGGCAUCUGUGCAGUAGAUGUAACACAUUAUUCAUAAUUAAGGAUUUUUAAAUAAAGUUAAUGUAACUUAAA